GCAGAGUUGUCGUUGGCCAUUUCACAAUUGUCGCCCUCUCGACGACGACGCGGUAGCAUGACGCCGUCAGCAACUACCAGAGUCUUGCCAGCAUUUGGACCUUCCAAAGUAUGCGCAUUCAAGGGGUGCGAUCGAAGGGCGCCGCCCGACUCGGACCGGUGCGCGGGCCAUCGCACCCGCAAGCAAUGUCGGAUCGCAGGGUGCGCCAAUGUCGUGUACGCUCGUCAGUUGUGCGUUCGCCAUGGUGGAAAGAAACAGUGCCAGUUCCCCGGGGGAUGCCAGGCUACGGCACAAGGCGGAGAUCUGUGUCCAGCCCAUGGCGGCGAGAUCAUCAAGCGAUUCUGCCGCAUCGACGGGUGCGACCGCCAGGCGCACGCCAAGCGACUGUGCGUCCACCACGGAGGCGGUCGCCUCUGCCAAUACACCGGAUGCCCCCACCACGCCAGGGCCGGGGGAUUUUGCCACAAGCACAAGUGCACCUCACCAUCCGAUGACGACCUUGGACCAGCGCUGUACUUGCCGUCUUCUGGAGCGUCGUCGCCGUCGUCUCCCGUGUCGGUCGAUUCCAACGCAGUGCUGUCUUCGACUAUCGAGCACGAGAGCGCGGACCCAACGAUUUUGGACCGUCCGAACGCCGACCUCUCGUCCAUGCACCAAUCGUCGCAAGUGUUGCCUGCGGCUUUGACCUCGUCCCCUGCGUAUUCCGAGUGGUGGGCACUGACCCAGUCCAUUCUGAUGUUGCAAUAUCCGUGGCUAAAACAGCACGAUGGGCUGACGAUUCCCCGGACGCCGCCACCCGUCGACCCUCUCGUCUUUGUCCAACUGACCCAAGCUGUCCUCAUGACCCCAGCGAUCCGCGCAUUCCUCGAGCAACGGUUCCCAGCGUCGCGUUUGACGGAAACCACCGCCCAACAACUCGACCACGACAUUGGAAGCUUGGCAUCCCUCUUUGCCGACGUUCCGUCCGAGGCGCCACAGCCAAUAACCCCCCCCUCUCUCGAGAACACAAGGGACCGACCCUUCAAGAGGCGAAGCAGCAGCAGCAGCACCCUGAGCCAAAUACUAGACGACUUGCCACUGCCCCCGUCAUCGCCAGUUUCCAACGAUAGCUUUUACAAGGAGCAGACCAUAUGCGCUAACCCCCCGUGACGGAAACAAUCUAUCGAUUCGAAACACGCGUCCACCACUACUCUGUCGAGGCAAGGGCGGCAAUCAAAUCCGCCGCGGAUGCGGUCGGACGCAGCUUGCCUUGCCCGCAUGUCUUGCUGCCCCCUCCAUGGCCCAACCCUUGCAUGAGCUGUUUGAGCAACUACACAGAUACACAUUCGUCAGCA